AGAAGCUCGGAAGCCAAGGCUGCCUCGUCCCCCCAAAAGCCCUCCUCCACUUCACGGCUUCACCACCAAGAGCGCAGGAUUCUCAUGGGCUGCGUAGGAUCCACCCCCAAGGGCGCCGCAGCCGCCGGAGGCGGUAAGACUGCCGAAGUUACAAAGAAAGUCAGGAAACCUAAGCCAUGGAAGCACCCCCAGCCGAUUACAAUUGGCCAGCUCAGGCAGAUGCGUGAUGAGUUUUGGGACACAGCUCCUCACUAUGGUGGUCAGAAAGAAAUUUGGGAUGCCCUUCGUGUUGCAGCAGAGUCUGAGGUAGCCCUUGCGCAGACAAUUGUGGAAAGUGCGGGUGUAAUUGUUUCAAAUGCUGACCUGACUCUCUGCUAUGAUGAAAGAGGUGCUAAAUAUGAACUUCCCAAGUAUGUGUUGAGUGAGCCAACCAACCUGGUCCAAGACAGUUGAAUGGGAGCUGUGGAAAGACCUAUCAUGUAAAAAACUGUACAUCACUUCAGAUGCUAAAAACAAUGCCCUUCCUCGUGCGUCCUGGUAACAGGAGCAUGCUUGAUAAAAGAUUUCAAGCAUGCUUCUCGUAACUGUCAGCUUACAGUUUCCCCCCCUGUUGUUAGCAUACAACGUUCUCUUCUAUCUCGACUGUUUUCUGAUGAUUUUAGAUAAACUUCUUCAUAGCAUCCCCUCUAUCGGUACUACUGUAAACAUGAGUCUGCUUAGAAAUCUUUGGUAUGGGUUAGAGACUUUAGAGUGGUGCUUUGAAGUCUGGUUACCAUGGUACAGGUUCGACUAUGGUAUAAAUUUAAAAGAGAAAUAUGCGACAUCUGUUAAAGUAA